CUUAUACAUAUUUAUUAGACGAGAAGUUUUUGUUCAUUUUAUGCAUGUUAACUCUGAUUGAUUCGAGAUGCGACUUUGCGAUUUUUGUAUCGCCAAAUGUAUAUACUCGGUGAUCUAUUUUAUUUUACAUAUUAUUUACAUUAUAAUUGUAGUUGUACAUAAGGAUAUUCCAUUUUUCUUUAACUCAUAAAAGUUUCUAAAACUUACUCCUAUAUUAUAUUUACUGUCACGUCUCUCUCAAACAUGAUCAUCCUACAUCCUUAUUUACCUCCUCCUGCUGUUUAUAUAUGAUGUUCACCAUAUAUAUGAUUAACAGAGUGGAAACCUGCUGAAGUGAGCCGAGAUACACGAAUUCAGUAUAUUCUAUCGUAAAACAAACAACAGUAAAUAAAAAUUUGUUUUUUAACAGUUGGUAUGCUUCUCCCGCGCUUGCUGUGUGCGUAAAACGCGUUCAUAUCGUAACAUCAUGAUCAUGAAUGAGUGUUGAUAUUAAAUGUCGAAAAUAUUAUUUGUAGUACUGACUGUUUGGAAGUUUGUAUGACAAAAAUCUACUAAGGAACAAUUCAUUUAUUAAAAGUUCAAUUGGGUGUAAAUAGAAUAAAUUAUGUCUUCGUUUAAUUUAAAUGAUCUUGGAGAGCAAUUAAAAGGUGUUACUCAAAAUUCUACCGGCUUCGGCGUAUCUUUCGCGAAAAAGUCGCUUAAACUUGAUUCUGCAGAAGAUGCGAAAGAAGUGGUCGAAGCAAUACGAGCAUGUACGAACUUAGAAUAUCUGGAUUUAGAAGGAAAUACUUUAGGGCCAGAUGCUGCUAUGGCUGUAGCAGAGGCACUAAAGGAAAAUGGUUCUUUACUGAAACGUGCUCUUUGGAAAGAUAUGUUCACUGGUCGUUUGAAAGCAGAAAUACCAAAAUCAUUAGAGUACCUUAGCAAUGCUUUAUGUGGUGCUGGUACUCAGCUUACUGAACUUGAUCUAAGCGAUAAUGCUUUUGGUCCAGUUGGUGUUCGAGGAAUAGCUAGCUUUUUAACCUCUAGUUCGUGUUAUACUCUUCGUAUAUUAAAAUUGCAUAACACUGGACUUGGAGCAACAGGUGGCAAAAUAGUAGCAAAAGCAUUGUUAGAUUGCUACAACAAUAGUUCCAAAGCUGGUACAUCUCCUCUAGCAUUGAAAGUAUUUGUUGCUGGAAGAAACAGACUUGAAGAUGAAGGUGCAGAAGCAUUAGCAUCUGUUUUUCAAAAAUUAACUAGUUUAGAAGAGGUUGUAAUGCCUCAGAAUGGUAUAUAUCAUCAAGGUAUAACAGCCAUUGCUCAUGGAUUAUCUUCUAACCCUGGAUUAAAAAUUUUAAACCUUAAUGAUAAUACGGUUGGAUUCAAAGGAGCUCAAGCUCUUGCUAAAGCUUUACCAAAUUUUCAAAAUUUAGAGCAACUUAAUCUUGGAGACUGUUUACUCAAAACACAAGGCAGUUUAAUUUUAGCAGAAGCAUUAGGAGUUGAAGGCAACUAUCCUUCACUUACUGAACUUAAUUUGAGUUAUAAUGAAAUUCGCAAGGAGGGUGCCAAUUCCAUAGCUCAAGCUAUGGCUGAUAAAAAACGUUUAAUAACUCUGGAAUUAGAUGGAAAUUCGUUUGGAAGAUCAGGACGCACGAUGUUAUGUAAUUUGCUUAAAGAUUCAAGAAGAAUUGAAUCUUUAGGUUCAUUAAGUAAUGAUGAAGAAAGUGAUGAUGAAGAUACUGAUGAAGAUGAUGAAGAGGAAGAUGAAGAAGAAGUAGAGAAAGAUGAUGACGAUGACGAUGAUGACAAUGAUGAUGACGAAGAAGAAGAUGAAGAUGAUGAAAGUGACAUUGAAAACAAAGAAAAUGGACGUGAUCUUAAAAACACAGUAACAAAUGGCAAUGAAUCGUCGAAUGUUGUGCGACUGAAAAUAUCUGUUACAGAAUUUUUAAAAUCACCAACAGGAGAAAGGCUAUUACUGUUGCAAGAUAACAUUGUACAAGACUUUAUAGAUCAUGCCAAAACUUUAUCACGAAACGGUGAUACAUCUCCAGAAUUAAGGUUCAUAGAAGAAUAUACAAGAAUAGUAAUGAAGGUAUCGGCGCUGAGUACAAGCGGUUACAUUGACGUGAAAACGAAAGCCCAAAAUCUUUCAGAUAUUUUAUAUUCGAAGUUAUGUUCUUUUGCAAAGGAAAGUGAUAAGAUUUCAAUAUGGAAUAAUGCUUUACUGGUUAAUUUAGGUUUAAUAAAAGCUGAAGAUAAAUGCAGUGAAAAGAUUGACUGGAAUUUAGAAGGGUGUUUUAAAGCACUAGAACAAGUCACUCAAAAAGAUUACUUUCCAGAGGAAAUACGAACCACCUUAAAAAUUUUCUUAGAAAAAUCAAUAAAAAAUAAGAAAGCGAAAGUUACGGAUUCAAUACAAGACUCAAAAAAUUCUCUUAAUAACGUUUUGAGUCAUAUGCAAAAUGCAGGAUCCCAACCAGGAUGAAACAAGUCCACUGCUAAUGGAGUACAGUGUGAUGAUGGCUGAUCUUUCAUAUACAUUGUUGCCUAAGAUAAUACAAGUAUAUCAGUCAAUAAAUAUUAAUAAAAAUUGAACUUGUU